GGCGCCAGCCAAUAAGAAAUCGCUUCUUAUUUCGGGUCACGGGAACAAGGAUUCUGGCGCUGUUUCGCAUACGGUUAUUUCGAAGAAAUCAUUCCGGCUGAACGCAGGCUAACCUUUUGCGUGAUUUAUCAUGAACUCGUGGCUGUUGGGACAACAAGGUGUCGAAUGUAAAAGAACAAACUUGGGAGAGAGCACCUAUAACAUUUUACUAUAUCUUACAUUGAGAGUCCCAUAGAGUUAGAGUCUAAAUCCCAGAAAGAGCCACACGUAAUAUUAGAGCGUGACUCGUUCUGAAGAGGCAGCUAGGAAUAUAAAAAAAUACUUGCAUCAGUAUUAAUAUCACAAACUGCAUAGACUAGCAGGGAGAAGAUAGCUAUGACAUUCUACUUUUCUCGCCGAAACUGGUGUAGCCGUUGGCUGUUCAACACAAGACGAGCGAAAAAACCUAUCUGUAUACUAGUCGUUUUGCUCCUCAUUGGUGUUUUCGCCUUCUACUUAAGCACAUCUCGUAACAUUUCAUCCUUGUUACAAGAUCCAGUUAGGAAUUGUAUAAGCAAUUCUAAAAAGUGCCCGUACAUGCGACAAUUUGAUGGAACUUCCGCAAAUGGACCAACCAAGUUUCCCCUCAUCAUGCCAAACGUUGAACCAGAUAUUUCAUGUGAAGACAGGAAACUUUUUAUUGCUGUUGUUGUGAAUUCGGCAUCUGAUGAGCAAUAUCAGCUUCGACGAAUGGCUAUCAGAAUGACUUGGGGAGGUUCUACUGAAAUACAACCUAGAUGGAGAGUGUUUUUCGCUUUGGGAAUCAACAAAAAUACUGCCGUUGACAUUAAAAACCGACGAGAAUCACUGAAGUACAACGACAUACUCAUUGGUAACUUUACAGACACCUACAAGAACGUGGUGAUUAAGACUUUUAUGUCUCAUUACUGGGCGUACUUCAGAUUGAAUUGUCAAUAUAUUCUUAAGGCCGACGAUGACGUUUAUAUUCGAGUUCCAAGGCUGGUGGAAUGGUUAGUAGGUCCAGCCAAAUUACCAACGAGGUUUUAUGGAGGAUACUUACAUGAGAUAUUGACUGUUGUUCGCGAUCCAAGAAUCAAGUGGUAUCUUCCCAAAGAGGUUUAUAACGAGACAAAUUUCCCUCCAUUUUCGCAGGGAUCAUUUCAAGUGGUCUCCACCGACAUGCUUCCUAGUUACUUCCACUAUACUCAGUUCAUCAGGAAACCGUUCUACACAGAUGAUGCAUAUUUUGGUGUUAUGGCUAGAGACCUUGGUUUAAAUGCCACACAAAUUCCAAGCUUUCUUUUCUAUCAUCCACAAACAGACGAACAGCUCCUUGCUGCGAUUGCCUUUGGUCAUCAGGUUGAUGUUACUGGAAUGUUGAGUUUAUUUGGACAUCAAACUACGGCUUGGCUUAUUCGACGURAAGCAUGGAUAUUUUUCGUUAAGAAAAAGUGCGUCAACAUUUUGAAAUAAAAGGGUUCAGUAACUCGA